GUUCGGGCAGUGAGGCGAAGGCGAAGGAUCUCCUCUGGCCACUACGCGGGGCGCAGACGCGAACGCGGACGGACAAGAAGAUCGAGACGAGACAGGACAACAUCCGACUCGCGAGGGUUUACUUGGAGUACGUGGCUGAUGAAGUCAACUCUCUGUGAUUAUCCCGUCGCAGCCUGCAUUUGCGCCUCCAAACGGGACGGUUUUGGACAGCUUUUUGAAAUGUGAUUUGACAUUUCUUUGAGUGACGCUGUCAAUUGAGUGCAAGUGCUAUUGCGUCACUGCCGCAUCACGACAAGCACAGAUAUUGCCAUCAAAAUGGCUGAUGAAGACUGGAAGAAAAGAGUGGGAAUCAAGAUCAACUAUCACUCUGAUAGUGAUGGGGAAGGAUCAAAUGGUAUUGAAGUUGGGAAACCUGCAGGCGAUACCUCACCAGAAGGUGAUGGGACUGCGUUCCAUAACAACAGUAGAGAGUCCAGUCUUGAUGCAAUUUUUAAUAAGUAUGAUGAUCACCGACUAGGCACUACUCCUCCUCGGACAAGGUUGUCCAGGCAAAAUCGUGAUUGGAAGAGGCGAGAGAAAGAGCUGGAACGCAAAGAAAACAUGUCUCAGUUAAAAAUAUCCAGGCGGAAUACUUUUGAUGCCAUGUAUUUUGAGAAUCAAGAUAUUGCUGAAAGCGAUGGGGAACAAUCUCAAGAUGGAGAAAAACGAAGUAAUAAGAGAUUUAUGAAAAUGCUGCGUGGCUCAGAACGAGACAUGAAGUUGGACCUCUCGCAUCCGUCUGAAAUCCACUCUUUUUCAGUCGACAGUGGUGUGGAUAGGGCAGAAAGUGUUCCUCUUGGCAUGCAACCUGCCAUGAAGAUUGAGAGCUCUAAGCGAUUCAUGAGUUUGACAUCCAAACUUGUUGCUUGCCACAGUGUGAAGAAACUGAAAACUACUGUCAGUUCUAUGAACUCUCGGCAAGAACUAUUUAAUCAACUUGGUCCAUUGCUUGGUCCUGAGAAACAUACUGACAAGGUAGCUCUAAGGCAGCUUAGUAAUGAAGAAUUUCGUUGGCAAAACGACAUGAAGGAUCUUAUUUGGCUGGAGCUACAAGCAUGGCAUGCAAAUCGUUCACUACCUGCGCAGGAUGAGUUUUUGUGUAAGGCACGUGAAGAGGUAGACAGACUGCUCAAUGAAAUCAUGGAAUAUCACUUUGAAUUCAGCAUCAAGAACCACCCUCAUACUGAUGACUCUAGCUUGAAAAGCUGUAGGUACAAAAUUUGUUUGUCCAUGUAUUGUGAGUUUUGCAUUGACAGGCAAAACACUGCUAUCAGAGAUAUUGAAAAACUUAGUAAUAGGCUUGAGCAGGCUGAAUCGCUGUUCCCUUCCAGCAAAGCUUUUGCGAUGUGCUACCCUCUUUAUAAGGAUGGAAAGUUCAUAGCAAGAAUGAAAUCAAUGUGCCUUUGGUUGAACAUGACAAAGCAACACCGUCUGAAAAUGCUGAUUUUGGGUAAACUUUUUAUAUGUCGUACCCAGUCGCCGUGGCCGGAACCAGCUGACAUAGAUUCUGGAAAUGGCACUAAUGAAACCAACACAGAAGCUGAACAGGACUCGCCACCUGUUGAUGAAACUCCAAGAAAGAGAUUGGAAUGGAAACCAUCAGUGCGUUUUGAUACUGAGUAUACAGGAUCCAGUCCUUCAGAUUCAGCAAGUUCUCAAGGAUCAACUAGUAUUUAUGAAAUGCCAGAUGUUGUUGAUUACAGUUCUGCACUCGCUACCAUAAGUCAGCAGAUCUGCCCCAACAAAAAGGACAAAUCCUCUCCCUACCGUUUGUUCAUUGAAGAAGUCCUGAAAACAAAGGGUCUUCGCAAGUCUGUGCGAUUUUUGGAGAGACUCCACCGUUACACACUUGUGCGUUCGUGCAUUACAUUAGAGAAACCAAGUGAUGUUCCUGUUGCUGGAGAAAAACGAUUGGAAUGCGUGCAUGAGGAGGAACUGAGGCGCCAUGGAUUUUGGAGUCAGGAGUUGCAAGAGAUUGGUCUACCCUCUUAUCACUCCUCAUUCCUCUUCCUUGCAAGAAUCCCCAUUCGUCUCAUUCAAGAGUACUUAACCAUGAGACUUGAGCAGCAACCAGAAAAGCCGUCAGAUCUUUGUUUGCGGCAGCUGAUGAGGGAACUGAAAGAAGGUCUUCGUUUGGCUGUGAUGUUCCGGGAGCGCUUUGAAUCCUUAAUUAUUCAUGCAUUUCAUGACAUGCAACUUGAUCAUGAUUUGUAUGAAGAUGUCCAUGAUUUGGACAAGAGCUCACAAAGUGUUUUUCGAAUUUAUUUGGACUAUUUGCAACGAUGGUGCCAGCUUGUUGAGCAAGAAAGUUAUCAAAAAUCUUUGCUAGAGGAAGAAUGGAUAUUUGCAAAACAGAUAGCUUCACAAAUUCCGUCUGGAGUAAACAUGAUCUCUGGACGGUUUUGUUGUAUUUCCAAUUCCAUGCUCCGGAACCUUGGAAAGACACUUACCUCAAAUAUUGAUUUCCUUACUGGUCCUGUGUUAGAGUCAGGUGAUGACUUCAAAGAUCAGGUAACAAAACAGUCCAUUUUGACAUUAUGUCGUGAGCUGCAAUGUGUCUUCAACGACAUGAGAGAACGUUCAUUAAAGGCAUUUAAUUUUGCCAAAACAUUAAAGAAGGAUGUCGAAGCCAUGGGAUCUCAAAAUCACAAUUGCUUAGAAGCAUUAAAAACUGAGGCUUUAAUGCUGUGCAAAACAGUCAAAAUGGCCAUGUUCACUGUUGAGAAGGCUUUCUGUGUAACAGAUUCCUUAGAAAUUGAUGCAGUGGAGAAUGAGGCUGUUCAAGCUACAAUCAGAGAGACCUUGCACCAAGGGUACAAGUUUGGGUUUGAAUUCCACAAAGAAGUUUGUAAAAAUGUAACAGGAGACAUCAAACCCAAUGUAGCACGGGUACUGACUGGCUUUGCCCAAAUGUGGAUGAACUUUGUGAAGCAUAGAUGUGAGCCAGGGAGAGGCAUGAGACCAAGAUGGGCGAAUCAAGGAUUGGAGUAUUUGCUCAUUGUCUGUGAUGCUGAAAAUACCACAUUUUUAUCUGAGGAUGAGUUUCGUGAGUUUAAAUUGCAGGUGGAAGAUUGCACUCAACAUAUAAUUGGUAAAAAUCCUGAUCCAAUGAAGGAUGUAAAGUCGGCUGAUUCGACCUCCAGGGCUAAUUCUCCCACACCUCGGCCCCGGUUCCGCCUUCCCCGAUCACCACUAGAUACCAAUGGGCGUCUUCAAACCCCAACUCGUAAACCCAGCAUCAACACACCGUCAGAUGGAAGUGUGGACUCUCCUUCUCCUCAAGAACGCAAAAAUGUUCUCCUGUAUGUGGCUCCAAGAUCACGUAUGGAUGCAGUUCGUGCAGCUGUGGAUAACUUGGAGAGGAGUGUUGAUCAUAAAUUGAGAACUCAAAACCUCAUUGGCUAUGUCACUGCUGUACACAAGGAGGAUAGAGUUCAUAUUCGUUUGCGUCAAGUAAAUUUCAGUUGGCAAAGGGGUAUCAAAAUCGGACAAGGAAGCUUUGGUAAAGUUUAUACUGCUGUAAAUAACUUGACUGGAGAACUGAUGGCAAUGAAAGAAGUGCAAAUCCAACCAAAUGACCACCGCACCAUUAAGAAAAUUGCUCAGGAGUUGGCUAUUUUUGAAGGCAUCCAGCACAAACAUCUGGUGAGGUAUUAUGGUGUAGAAAUACACAGGGAUGAAAUGCUUAUUUUCAUGGAGUUUUGCGAGGAAGGCACAUUGGAAACUCUAGUGGCUGCAACUACUAAUGGCCUGCCAGAGCCUCUUGUGCGCCGCUUCACCCUUCAGAUGAUGCAGGCUGUUCAAACUCUUCACUGUCAUGGUAUAGUUCACAGAGACAUCAAAAGUGCCAAUAUAUUUCUUACGGAUGAAGGGAAUUGCCUGAAGCUUGGAGAUUUCGGCUCAGCUGUGAAGAUUAAGGCUCAUACAACUAUGCCUGGGGAAUUGCAAGGUUUCGUCGGUACUCAGGCUUAUAUGGCCCCAGAAGUAUUCACAAAAAUGCAUACUGAAGGGCAUGGUCGUGCAGCAGACAUUUGGUCUGUUGGAUGUGUUGUUGUUGAAAUGGCUAGUGGCAAAAGGCCAUGGGCUGAACUUGACUCAAACUAUCAGGUGAUGUUUAAAGUUGGAAUGGGAGAAACACCAGAUAUUCCAGCAAGCUUAUCUGAAGAAGGGUAUGACUUUGUGGAUCAUUGCUUGCAACACGAUCCUCAACAGCGGGCAACUGCUGCAGAACUCCUUCACCACACAUUUUGUAAAGUUGAUGGAGAAGAGCCACUACUUUCUCUUCUUCCUUCAAUUAUUGAUGAUUAUGGUCACUUUGGUAUCACCAAAUAAACUGUAGGUCUUUUUAUGGGUGGCUUUUUCUAGUCUUAAAGCAUUCAAGAGCAUUCAGUCCAAAGUAUUUAUUGUUUUAGUAUCUUCAAGGAUUCCAUGUAGACUCUUUUCUGGUGAACUGUUUUUGUCCUGGUGAGAGGUGAGUUCAUCGAUCCAGACAAAGCCAGAAUUACUUAUUUGGCAGCUGUAGUUUGUUUCAACUGUGACGUUGCAGUUUUAGUUCUGCAUUUGUAAUUGUGUCAAAUGUAUCCAGCAAGUCUUAACACAUAUUUGUUCAUGUCCAUCAAUCCAGCUUUCUUAGAUUUUAAAUCUGUGAAAAGCAAAAAUACAAAAAGUCCUACCUUUAGGUGCAUUUAAUCGCAUAGGGUCUUAUUUACACUGUUCAUUUUUUGUCUGUACAUAAUUAAUUUAGUCUUUGCAUGUGCUGAAAACACUUUGAACACUGAUCAUAUGAACUUGAAAGUUGUUGUUUUAUAUAAUGAACUGUCAGCUGUUGCUACUGUGUUGUGAGAACAGUUCUGUAUUCAGGACUUAUUGUUGGCGAGCAAUAGCGAGCCCUUGUAUUAACAAUUUUUAUUUCUGUUUACUUCAACCAUUUUAUAUUUCAGUGUCUCCUCUUUUAUAUUUUUAUCUGUAUGUACCAACUUCAAUUCAGACAAUCUAUGCUAUGUCUUAUUUGUACAAAGUUUGUAAAUAUUUUGUGUUAAAGGUGGCUGGGCUUAGUUUGACACAUGCAAGAUGUUUUCUGUGAGAAUGUGUAUUGGCUGUUCUUGUUAUGUAUCUUUCUUAUAUAUCCAUUCCUUUCAUAUCGGCCAACUGCAGGGUUGUUGAAUAUAUGUUGUUGACCUUAUCACUGUUAAUGAGAUACAAUUUUACUUGUAGGAAUUCAUAAUUUUUAUUACAUUGCAUAUGCAAUUUAUCAAAUCUAUGUGUACAGUAGUAUUUUUGCUUUAUUUUGUUAUUAUAAUUGAGAUGUUUUAAUCCAGCCAAUUUUACAAAGGAUUUUAAAUAUUAUCAUUUUUAUUCCCUUAUUUAGAUGUAUGUUGAACAUUGAAACACAGUUAUGUAUGGAUUCCCAAUGGUCCAGAAGAGAGGCAGAACUAUUACCUGACAUAUCUGCUCCAGGAAAUCCCACUUACUCUUAUUUAUUUAGAUUUACUAGGCGAACGAAGCUUGACUUUAGUAGUGCAAGAGAACAAUGUUCAUUUUCCUAUUAUUAACUUUUUAAUGAAACAUUUGGAACCAUAAGUCUUUAACUUUCUACCAACACUGUGUCGUUGUCCAGUUUUAUCUUUUUUCCGAAUCCAGAAAGGGACAUAUGAGUGUCAUUACUCAAAUGAGAAGUGACGUGUUGAGAAGUCAGGUAACUCUGUGGGCUGCUGUAUAGUGUGUUGCACUGUUCUUUCUUGAGUGCCCCUUGGUUAUCAGGUUUCAUAAAUGUGAAAAUAAGCAUUGAUCUCAAUUCUAACUGAUAAUGUCUCAAAGACACAUGACAUGAUAGGAGAGCUGUGUGUUCUCUUUCUGUCAAAGACUGACCUCCUUACUUUCCAUGCGAGGCAUCCUCCAAUUCUUAUCUCAUUCCAUGAUGAAGCACAAAUAGAAACAUUCCACAAUGCCUUGUUAAUUUGAUGAGUUAAGGAAGCUAUGUCAAAGUGUGUUUACAUUUAUAAAUUAAAUUCGAUAAUCAUUUCACUUCCUUGCACUUGUUAGGACUAAGCUAAGAUGAUUGAGAAGACUGUCUUUCACCAAAGCAAUUUUUGAGUUUUGCAUGUUGUGAAAUCAAUGAAAGAAUAAAAUUGCUCACCAAAGAAUGAGGCGCACUUUUAAGAGCAUUGGGUUUGCAAUACUUUUUAAUCAAUUAGAGGUCAAGGUUUCAAAGGGUUCCUUGCACUUGCCCAAUUUUUUUUCUUUCCAAUUCAUUGCAUUUUGUAUCCUAUCUCAAUUGAAUUAGACUGACGAGCUUACUACAUUUCCUUGAUUCUUUCACACUUUCUUGGAGCAGUAUGUAAAUUGGCUGUGGUUGUUGGGUUUAUGAAGUCUAUCGUUUGUUUCUUGUAUUCAAUGUGAUUUUCCAGAAAUUAGAUUUGUAGGUAGCUGGCAGUGGCCAAUGUAUGUACUGAGUGUUACACAUAAUAAAUAUGUUUGUUAUCAAAUAUUCAAAAUUGUCUCUACUCAUCAUCAAAGUAGAUCUGUGAAACAUUUUGACGGAGGUUACGUCGAAUCUGAUUUAAUAAAGCAAUCUUCCCCUCC